AUGUCCCUCAACACCAAAUCAUCUCAGCCGUCUGUCAGCGAACGGAGAGGUCAUCAAGUAGCACCCUUGCAUGUACAAACCAAUUUCAGCCGUCCUAACUCUCAGAUUGUCAAUGUCGCAUCGCCCCUCAAGCAGCGUCCUCGGCCUUCAGAUUUUGAGAACAACAAAACAGAGCGGGUUCCCUUGCAGGCGCCGCAUGUUAAGCGGCAAUCUUCCAGAUCAAGCCUGCGCCAUAUCUUCAGUCGCGAGAAACCAGCUCGGAAGUCGGACGUCAGGCUUUCGGGCAUCGAGGAGGCUCAGGAUCUGGUGAACGAGUCUCGAGCCGAGGAAGCGGUGCCUUCAUCGCCCAAGGCAGAGGAUUGUGAAACACCUCGGGCUGCUGUAGCUUCCGUCGCUCCUACUCCCGCCACGCCCACUGCGCCGACAAAUACACCACGGUCCAAGUUGCAACCAAAACAUAGAACGAAGACUGAUGAAGAGGAUCAAUUACCUGCAGAAGAUGUGGCGUGGAAGCCGCCUCCACUCUUCAAAGCUUAUCCGCAAUCACUGAAGCAUGCUACUCUCCCGGCUCCGGUCCUGUCGAGCGAUUCCAUCAUGCGCCUGCAUGCUACUUUCAGGGCAAGGGAAGCGAAUUUGCGGGAUAAUGAUCAGCAAGCCAGUCAACCGGCGAAUGAGGAACCCGUGGAGGAACCUACAACGCGGAAGAAGAAGCUUGAUAAGGAGAAGCAAAAAUACCUACGCGCUCUGUCAGAGAACGUCGAAAAGGGCGAAUGGACCCAAAAAACCUUUAUUAUUGCGACAUCCGGGUAUAUUCUGCAGUACGCUGGCGAGGGUAAACACGACCGGUUACCCGAAAAGAUGCUUCUUCUCGGACCAAAGUCCGUGGCGUUUGCCAGCGACGCAAUUCCCGGCAAGCAUUGGGUGCUGCAAGUGUCCCAGGGUUCUGAGGAGGAUAGUAGCACAACUUCCGCCGAAUCGUCUAGGCCUAUUCUCUCGCGGUUUGGGUUUCACAGGUCCCACGCUCGGCGAUUAGCGCGGAAUAUGCUUCUUGUGUUCAAUGACCCGGAGGAAAUGAGUUCUUGGUUAUUGGCGGUCCGCGCUCAAAUAGAGACUCGGGGCGGUAAAAAGUACGUUUCUGAAAAGGUGUAUGACGAGGGAAUGGAGAGUCAAUUGCGGACCACCCCUAGCAUGCGACAGAUGGUGAAGAAGGACCCUAACCGGUUCUCGGCGGUCUACCUGCAACCGCGGCAAUCAAUGAACUUUGAGGACAAAGACUCUAGCGUUGGGGAUCAGUCUCGUCGGAGUUCGUAUAUUUCGCUCCAUCGCCGGUCGAUGGUUAUGCACCCUAAGCCCGAGUCGCGUGCAGGCUCGGUGUCCACGGCCCAGACAGAAGAAGAGCCCGCACGCUUCUAUGCCGCAGUUGGAUCGCCCCCUCUUCCAGACAGCAGCAUCAUUGCAGAGCCAACGUUGUCUGUCGCCGGUCCGGCUAGCCCGACUUUCUCGACUCCGAGAAAGCGACAAUCAAUGUUCCUGCCUCAGGCGACAAGUUCAGAAGCCGCAGAGAUACCUAGAGCGCAGUCGGCGGUCCCUGAGGCACAUUUUCGGAGUGCUUCGCCGCCGGCUCCAAACUUUAGUGUGCCACUUUUUAGCAAAAGAUUUGCAGCUCGACAAGAUAGGCACCAGGGUCCUCGGCUGCCGUCUGUCCAAGGUGAUCAUCCAGAUGAUACCUCAAUUGAUACCGUGUCCAUGUUUUCAUCUCCACCGCAAUCUCCCAGUCGAGACGGCUUCGCUAUUCCACUUGAUAACCGCGAGCAGCGCCAACUGGCAGAACGGCGGGAUCAAAACAACAAGUCACUUCGUACGUCAAAUUCCGAAGAUACGCUUGCGAAUGUGCCUCGAGAACGCGACCGCAGCCGUCUUCGUUAUUCGCAUCUGCCAGAGCAUGUUGCAAUGCUGCCUUGCCAAUCAACUUCGCCUCGCCGAGUUAGUGUCAAACCAGUGGUACCAAGCGCCUCGCAUCAACCUAUGCCCAUUGCCCAAGUCGUGAAUACGUCCAACCACUCUGAUCAGCCCAGCAAGACAGAUCAGCCAAGCCGUCCAUCGUCUAUAGUCAUGGCGCGGCGGAAGAGCAUGACUGGGCUCACUGCCGGUCCUCCAAGCGCGCCUCCUCCAAACAUUCCCCUACCGAAAAUUCCUUCGGCAUUCGUUGAUCGCUCUCCGCAAGUUGCGUUGUCAGAAAAGUCUCCACCAUCGUCACCUGUGAAAGACGUUCAACAGGCACUGGGCGACGUCGCUCCUAUUUCUUCCGCGCGGAGCCAUCUUCCACGGACCGUACGGAGUGUCACGACCAGGCCAAUGAAUACGCCCGCGAAGUAUAGCGGCGCAAAUUAUAUCUAA